AUGGUGAUCCAAAGCGUCCUAGUCACCGGUGGCCUCGGCUUUGUUGGCUCGGCCAUUGUCGAUGCACUGCACAAAAAUACGGAAAGGCUAAGAGAUGUCCUUCGCCACACCAAGCCGGAUGUCGUUAUUCACACGGCCGGAAUAGUUCCUCCGUUGAGCGAAAGAUACCAUCGCAGGAUAGAGGAGCAAAUACUAAAUGUGAAUGUCGAGGGAACUCGUAAUGUCUUGAAUGUGACGAGAGAUGCUGGGGUAGGUGCAUUUAUUUAUACAAGUAGCUGUUGCUCUGUGGUUGAUGAUUGGGCGCAUCCUUAUCCAAACAUUGAUGAACGAUGGCCAACGGCGAAAAGGUCGUCAAUAUAUGGCGAAUCGAAGGCAAAGGCAGAAAAAAACGUGCUAGCAGCAAAUUCCCCUACGUUCUCAACAUGCAUCCUUCGACCAUCAGUCAUCAUGGGUCCGGGCGACAAACAGCUUAUCCCAUCUAUACACGCCUGUAUAGCAAAAGUAGAGACCCCCUUCAUUAUUGGAUCAGCCAAUAAUCUCUGGGAUGUAACCUACGUUACAAAUGUCGCGGAUGCUCAUGUGCUUGCCGCUGAAAAUCUCCGCUCGAGUACACCAACCGCUGUCGGUGAGAUCUUUUUUAUACAAAACAACACGCCAAUCACAUUCCGAGAUUUCAGCAGAGCUGUAUGGAAAGAGUUCGGACAUAUCCCGCCUUAUGAAGUAACGAUACCGCAAGGUUUGGCUUGGGUAGCCGGUCUUUUGGCAGAAGCUACCUCGUGGUUGACCGGGUCAAAAGAACCUACUUUGAGUAGAGGCAGUGUGAAUGAUGCUUGUGCUAUUAGAUAUGCGAGUGGUGAAAAGGCUAAACGAAUCCUGGGAUACGAAGCAAAAGUAGGUUUGGAGGAAGGCAUCCGCUUGAGUUGUGAGGCGUAUAAGAAGAGACUUGCGAACCAUGAGAAAGAGGAAUGA